AUGGGGUCAAAGAAGUAUACCAAGGCGUUCAGCUUGCUGAAGAACUUCGUUGAUAACAAUCUUGACUACUACAAGUUCGAGCUGAACAAGUUUCUGUGGCCCAUGUUCAUUCACUCCUACCUCGAGCUUGUCGACAACGGUUACCCGAACGAGGCCAAGACCUUCCUGUCAGACUUUGGUGACGACUUCAAAAUCAUCCACGGUGACGACCUCAAGCUGUUGUCGACCAUUACCUUACCUGCCCACGUCAAUGAGAACGAAACCACACGGCUCUACAAAACCUCCAAGUACCAGAUCCCAGUGACUGACAAGGUUGAGGAUCUCGUGUUAGGUCAUCUGGAGAAGGAGUACGAUAACGGAGGUAAGACUAUGAUCCAUCUGCUCGGGCGGUACUGCACCCUCAAGACCGUCGAUCGGGGCCUUGCCAAUCCCAAGAGUUUCUAUGCAAUUUUCAACAACCAACCAAGCGUCCGUGUGGAUGAGGCCGAUGUACUGGAGGGCAUUCCUGGUGUUUUCACGGGUGUUAGGUCCAACGUUGCCCCCGACGUGCCGCUGAAGCUCGGUCCUCUACCAAUGGAGGCAGAACUGCAGGAGGAGGUCCGGGCCGAGAUCGAGGAGGAGGAUCGACGCCAUCCCCCGCCCGACGGAAGAUCCACUCUCCUCGAAGAGUUCGACAACAAGAUCAAGCGUGAAGAGAGCAUGGAUGGGCCCGCUCGUGCGGACCUUCCAUUACCGGCUUCCCGCGCCAGAGAUGUCUGGGGUGAGAUCGAGAAGAUCAGGGAGCACAGAGACCGUUUCCGCAUCGAGGGCAGAACAGGUGGUGUUGGCGCAGCUGUGUCUGUUUGCAUCUACAACUGCAUCGAAUUCUCCAACGACCAAGAGCUGGUUGCUGUCGGCACUAUGGACUCGUAUAUUCGCGUAUGGAGCAUGGACGGGAGCCACCUAAAAUCCGCCCUAGACAAUGGCACGCAAUCGGCGACGAAUAACCGUAUGCUGAUAGGACACUCCGCCCCUGUCUACGGGCUUUCGUUCUCUGAUGUUGUGUCCGUGCCGCAUGAGAGUAGGGACACUCCGAAGGCACCGCGAUUACUGCUGUCAUGCUCGGCCGAUGGCCACAUCCGGCUGUGGUCACUCGAUACCUGGUCGUGUCUGUGUAUCUACAAGUCUCAUGACGGUCCCGUAUUCAACGUGCAGUGGGGACCUCACGGCCAUUACUUCGUCAGUGGUGGUUGGGACAAGACUGUUCGAAUAUGGAUGCAGGAUCACGCGACGCCAGUCAGGACCUGUAUUGGCCACGAUACCAGCAUUUCCGCCGUCGCGUGGCACCCAAACGGCACAUAUGUCUUCUCAGCAUCCGACGAGACUGACAAAUCAAUUCGCAUGUGGUCCGUCAUCACCGGAGACUGUGUUAGAGCCAUGGUUGGCCACCAUCAUUUCAUCAACACCAUCGAAUGCGCCCCCAACGGCAAGCUCAUUGCGAGUGCCGACAUCGACGGCAAUAUCUUUUGGUGGGACCUCGAGAAGGGAGUCUGUAUCAAGAAGAGUAAGGGCCACGGCAAGGGUGGCAUUACUUCCCUCAGCUUCAGUGUCGAGUCCAAGGUCCUUGUCUCCGGUGGGGUGGACAAUACUGUUCGUGUUUGGGACGUGGACCUUCCUGCCGAUGGCAGCAAGCCUGUUGGUGGCGCCGCCGGCCAAGCUGUGCAGCCCGAGAACAACACCAGCACGGGCGAUUCCAUAGGACCGAGUGACCGGAGUAUCACUGUCGGUGGACAGCCUCAACAGCCACCUGCUGCGGCAGCUUCUUCGUCGAACGCUGGCGGUGGUGCCUCCGGCAGCUCUGGUGUAUCGGGCACUGGCGGCGGCAAGAAGAAGGGAAAGGAGGUGCAAAUCUCGGCCGAUCAAAUCAGCGCUUUCCCUACCAAGAAGACGGCCCUCAAGAAAGUUCGCUUCACACGCAUGAACCUGGUCACUGCGGCUGGAGUGUACGAGCCCGAGCGCUGA